AUGUUUGCCGUCCCAUCGAUCGCAGCCCCCGGCUCAUCUAGCACCGCACAACCAGAGAAGCAAGCUGCUGCGGCGGAAGUGUCGACGGACGACCAGACCGCCGCUGAGGCCCCCUUGCACUCGGUUGCCGGUAUUGUCCCAACACUCCAAAACAUUGUCGCCACCGUCAACCUGGAUUGUCGCUUGGAUUUGAAGACAAUCGCCUUGCACGCUCGUAAUGCAGAGUACAACCCCAAGCGUUUCGCUGCUGUGAUCAUGAGAAUUCGUGACCCUAAGACGACAGCUUUGAUCUUUGCCUCCGGCAAGAUGGUCGUUACGGGAGCAAAGUCUGAGGACGACUCCAAGCUGGCCUCGCGCAAGUACGCUCGUAUCAUCCAAAAGUUGGGCUUCCCUGCAAAGUUCACAGACUUCAAGAUCCAGAACAUUGUCGGUUCCUGUGAUGUCAAGUUCCCUAUCCGUCUCGAAGGAUUGGCCUAUGCUCACGGACCCUUCACAUCUUACGAGCCUGAGUUGUUCCCUGGUCUCAUUUACCGUAUGGUUAAACCCAAGAUCGUAUUGCUUAUCUUCGUCUCGGGCAAGAUUGUUCUGACUGGUGCCAAGGUCCGCGAGGAGAUCUAUCAAGCCUUCGAGGCUAUAUACCCCGUGUUGACGGAGUUCCGCAAGCCCUAA